AUUAGGGUUUUGGAGGCUGCUAAAUCAACUGGUUUGAGUGUUGAACAAUCAGAAUGCUUCAUUCCUGGGAAUUCAGGUAAAGGGGUUAUUGCUAAGCCACCCAGCGAGCACUUGGAAUUACCAAUCGAGGAGCGAAAAGCCUUGAAACAUGGUUGUGCUAGCCCAGGUGGUAACAUGAUCAUGGUGCCUCUCAUUGCAAUUCCUGAGCCAGAGAUGGCAGGCAAUUUAAAUGAAAGAUAUCAAUCAUAUGAAAGUGAAAGGGAUUUAAGUAAAAUUGGUCAAACUGGGCAAAAUGAAGAUGAACCAGGAUGUGAUUGGGUGGCUCUGAUUUCUGAUGUAGCUGAUAUCUUGACCUUCGAGCCAUCCAUUGAUGAGGAAUCUGCUGAGGAGCGAAAAAUGGUGGAUCCUGGGACCAUAUCUUUCAUCUCAACUGUUCUACAGGUUCCACAGGAUAACAACAAUGAUUCAGAAACUUCCAAUUGUGUAGGUUCUUUCCAGCAUUGUGAUAUGGGAGAUCUGGGAAUUCAGCCAAAAGAAUUUGGAGAAAAGAACGAAGUAGAUCAGACUCCAUCUGUACUUCCUAGCACUUUACUAGAUAAACCAAUAGUUACUGAUGCGUCUGCAACAGUUGAUGUCAAGGGGAAGAACUGCCAGUCUAUCGGCAAGCUGCAUAAAAUACGAAGGCGGUGCCUGGUUUUUGAGAUGGGAGCUCAUAAAAAGAAAUUAGCAUUUGAAUCUAAUAGUAGUUCAACCUCGUCACAAUUAGAUCAUAAUGGUGCCUACUUGGAAAAGCAUGCAGCUCCUAGGAGGACAGAAAAGGGAAAGACAUUAUCUGCAUUAUCUGGAAGGGGUAUUGGUUUGCACUUGAAUGCUCUCACUACUGCAAGCAAUGGCAAAGCUGUCAAGAUUGAGACUCGAGCUUCUGUAAAGCAAGAAAUAAGUGAACCUCCUUCCCCUGCUACGAAAAUGACAUCUGGUCAAGAUCCUGCUAUUAAAUCCAUAGCUCUGACCACUGUGCAAACAAAUUUUGUUCCUUUUGAUAACAAAAAUAAGACCAUGGAAAAUGCUCCUCACGCAUCAAUGGUUGUGAAUGAAGAGUUUGGCAUAAGCAGUCCCAACAUGAAGAGGCAAAAAUUGGAAAAUCAAGGAGCAUCACGCAAGCGCUGCAAUUGUAAGAGAUCAAAAUGCCUAAAGCUUUAUUGUGAAUGCUUUGCUGCUGGUCUCUAUUGUAUUGAGCCUUGUUCAUGUCUAGAUUGUUUUAACAAUCCUGGUCAUGAAGGCACUGUUUUGGAAACACGCGGACAGAUUGAGUCUCGCAACCCUCUUGCAUUUGCUCCCAAAGUGAUAAGAAACUUGGAUUCUGCCUCUGAAUUUAGGGGUGGUGUUGGUUGCUCUUCCUACUGUAGAUGCGAAGGAUGUAAAAACACUUUUGGUUGCAAGAGUGGAGUUGAAGAAGAUGACCUGAAAUGGGAGGAAUCUAAAAUACAUGAGGAUGCAUCAGACCUGAAUUUACUUGAUAUAAUAGAAAAGGGUGAAGAUCACCCAGAUCUUAUGCCACCUUCUCAAAAUUCCAGGUCUCCAGUUCAUCUGCAAAUCCCCAUUAGUGGGCAGCUCCAAGGAUCUUCCCUUUGAGAUGUUGGUCCAUCAACACAAAUACGCACCGUCCAAAAGUUUAGAACAGAUUUUUUCUAUCACCAGCCUAAAUAUGAGAAGCAUCUUAAGGUAAUUCCAGAAGAUGAAACUCCUGAAAUUCUGAACAGCAAUUGCUCACCUACAAGUGAAGUUAAGUCAGUCUCUCCCAACUGCCCGAGGGUUUCACCUCCUCAUCAUGGUUUUGGUUCAUCAGCUUCUUGGAUGAUUCUGAGAUCUCUCAAUCCAUCCCCAUCUCUCAACCCAUCAAGUGAGCAAUGAAUUUCAACCUCUCCCGCAACAUGCUGUCUCAUGAUGCAAAGGCAUGCUAUUUACUCGUUUGAGUUCCAGCUUCCAAUCAAGUUUCUCAAAGUAGAAUGGUACAAGAAGAAUUUGCUUCCCCAUAAUGCUAAGGCGCCCGUAUAGAACUAAUUUUAUGAAAAUCUACGCCCUGUAUCUAUAAUAGAAGUGCUGUACAAGAUGAAAGUUGUGCCUGUAGUGUAACUAUACACUUGAUUAAGUUAGUCGUUACAAUUAAAUAGAUGUGUUGUAAUAGAAUUACUCUCUUCUCAA